CUUCCUGUUUCCUAACCAUAUUAUCCAACGAGUAUUACAAAUAAUCCUGCUUACUGCUUAGAACAAUUUUUAUCAAGAAUUCAACUCUCUCUCUCUCUCUCUCUAACCUUUCUUGUACACAGAACUUCGUCACCUGUACAUGCAUACCAAUUCUUCGCCUCCCAUUUUCUCCCUCACCCACCUGAAAUUCAACUAACUCCCUCACCCACGAAAACCCUAAAUUCAGCCCUCCAAUUCUCAUCCACCUUCCUUUUCUCAUUCCCAAAGACAUAUACUUUAUCCAAUUCGAGGCCCCCCCCACCCAAAAAAAAAAAAAAAAAACACACCAAUCAAAUUUCACCCAAUUCCCUCAUCUGGGUCUCUCCAAACAACCUUCAAAUUUCAAUUCUUGGGGUUUUCUUGGUCACUCUUGCCGUGGACCACAUGGGUCCGAUGGAUGAUUCGAAGGACGCGUUGGUUAGUCAACUCAGCAUGGCCAUAAGGGACAUUUCCGGGUACCCAGAGUGCCGUAACGCGUCGAAGAAGAUGUACAACAAUUUGGUGAGGAGAGUGAAGCUAUUGAGCCCUUUGUUUGAGGAAUUGAAGGACAGCGAAGAGGAAUUGGAUGAUGAAGAGGUUCGAGGUUUUGAGUCUUUGAAAAUCGCUUUGGAUUCAGCUAGAGAGCUUCUGCGAUCUAUCAAUGAAGGCAGCAAGCUCUUUCAGGCUUUGCAGAUGGACAAAAUUGCUGGUGACUUCCAACAAGUGACGGAGCAAAUUGAAGAAGCAAUGAGCCGGAUUCCUUAUGACAAACUUGACAUAUCGGAGGAAGUUAGAGAACAGAUUGAACUUGUGCAUGCUCAAUUCAAAAGAGCUAAAGGAAGAAGGGACUCACCUGAUCUACUACUGGAGAUGGACUUAUCUAUAGCACAAAAGGACAUAGACAUAGACCCUUCAAUUUUGAAAAGGCUUUCGGAGAAGCUGCAUCUCAGGACUAUGAAUGAUCUAAGGAAAGAGUCACUUGCUAUCCGUGAUAUGGUCAUCUCAUGUGGUGAAGAUCUUGGGGACCGCAUUCAGACAAUGUCGUUUCUGCUUCAGAAGCUGAAGGAUGUAGUGAUUGGAAAUCCAGACAAAGAUACCUCUGAGGGUGAAAAGGAGAUGAUUAAGCACAGAUCUCCUGUUAUCCCAGAUGAUUUUCGGUGCCCAAUAUCCCUUGAACUGAUGAAAGAUCCUGUCAUAGUUUCUACUGGACAGACAUACGAAAGAUCAUGCAUUCAAAAAUGGCUGGAUGCGGGGCACAAGACCUGCCCCAAGACUCAACAGACCCUUCUGCACACAGCCCUAACACCGAACUAUGUUUUGAAGAGUUUAAUUGCUUUGUGGUGUGAGAGCAAUGGUAUUGAGUUGCCAAAAAGGCAAGGGAACUGUGGAGAUAAAAAAUCAGGAGCAAGUGGUUCAGACUGCGAUCGAGCUGCUAUUAAUGCCUUGAUAGACAAACUUGCAGAUGGAAAUUUGGAUCAGCAAAGAGCCGCAGCAGGAGAACUUCGGUUGCUGGCCAAGCGAAAUUCAGAUAACAGAGUGUUCAUCGCUGAGGCAGGGGCCAUUCCGCUUCUUGUUGAGCUACUAUCCUCCGUGGAUUCAAGAACCCAGGAGCAUGCUGUUACUGCCCUCCUCAACCUUUCCAUACACGAGGCUAACAAGGGUAAUAUUGUAAAUUCAGGAGCUAUUCCAGAUAUAGUCGACGUAUUGAAAAACGGAAGCAUGGAAGCGAGAGAAAAUGCAGCUGCCACCCUUUUCAGUUUGUCCGUCGUAGAUGAGAACAAGGUGGCGAUCGGUGCCGCUGGGGCAAUUCCAGUUCUUAUUGAUUUGUUAUGUCAUGGGACUCCAAGAGGAAAGAAAGACGCCGCCACGGCUAUUUUUAACCUUUCAAUAUACCAAGGAAACAAGGUGAGAGCCGUGAGGGCAGGAAUUGUGGGACCACUUAUGAGCUUGCUUAGGGACUCUGGUGGUGGGAUGGUAGAUGAGGCGUUAGCGAUAUUGGCAAUUCUUGCGAGCCAUCAAGAGGGAAAAGUUGCUAUUGGUCAGGCGGAGCCCAUUCCAGUUUUGGUGGACGUGAUAAGGACUGGUUCACCCCGAAAUCGUGAGAAUGCCGCAGCAGUUUUGUGGUCGUUGUGCACUGGUGAUGUGCAAUAUUUGAGAAUAGUUAUAGAGCUUGGGGGAGAAGAGGCGUUGAAAGAAUUAUCAGAGAAUGGCACUGAGAGAGCCAAGAGAAAAGCAGGAAGUGUUUUGGAACUACUCCAACGAGUUGACGUGAUACAAAGACCAUGAAAUGACGUUUCUUCUGCAGCUAUUAUUGUUUGAAAUUUGAAUUUUAAAGCAUGUAAUUCAGAUCACGCAGAAAUGUUGUUCAAAAAAUCGGGCCAUUCAGAUCACACAGAAAUGUUGUACAAAAAAUCGGGCCAUCCUGUAGUAUAUUAAUCUAGAGUCAGUAAUUGAGUGAUUUGACUUUACAGAAGGUAUUUCCGAUAAUUGAAUGGUUAUCUUCUGCAGCUGUUGAGAUGUAAAGUCUGUAAUUCAUGCUAGACACAGGAAUGUUGUGUCGGGAGAUUUGCAUCUGUAUGGAGUACAUUCCUCAAGGGUUGAUGGUCGAUGGGUUUUCUGUACAGAAGAAUGUCUGGUGGAAUUUUACGCGUGCAGAAGUGGAAUGGGCUCAGUGUUUGAGAUGGUAUAGAUCAUGAGGAAGUGAGAAACUCUCCAUUGAAAUCAAGAAAAGCCAGCAGUCUGUUUAAACUUCUUAGGUGAACUAGUAUUAAACAGACUUGGCCUUCAGCAGCCAGGUACUGUACUGCAUUUGACAGUUUGUAUCUUUUUUUUUUCCUUGGAAAGUAGAAGCAUGUUUGUAUUCAUGAUGUGUACUUUUCCGCGUUAAAAGCGUGUGAUUUGUUCGAAUAAUGUUAUAUAUUUUCAAUUGAAAUACAUGCUUUGUUGCCA